GACCGGCAUGAUGGAGUGCCCAGCCACAGUUCCAGGCUGUCCCAGUUGGGAUCCGUCUCCCAGGGACCCUACUCCAGCGCUCCUCCGCUCUCUCACACCCCAUCCUCGGAUUAUUUCCCCCCCCCCUACCAGCCUCUUCCUUACCACCAAAGCCAGGACCCUUACUCCCAUGUCAAUGACCCCUACUCCCUAAACCCUUUACAUCAACCCCAGCAGCACCCCUGGGGACAGAGGCAGAGGCAAGAGGUGGGAUCAGAAACCGGGUCACUGCUGCCACAGCCUCGGGCCGCCCUGCCCCAGCUCUCGGGACUGGACCCCAGGCGGGACUACCACUCAGUAAGGAGGCCAGAUGUCCUUCUACAUUCAGCUCACCAUGGCCUUGACUCCGGCAUGGGGGACAGCCUUUCUCUGCAUGGCAUCGGACACCCAGGGAUGGAGGAGGUCCAGUCAGUUGAAGAUGCCAAUAACAGCGGUAUGAACUUAUUGGACCAGUCUGUCAUUAAAAAAG